GGAAAUAAGCUCUUUGUAAURCCAUUAAGCUUCGCCUUGCUUCCAACCACGAAUAAGAAGGCAAUCGAUAUGAACGACACUUUCAGACCUUGGUUUGCGCCGUUGGAGUAGCAGUAAUGGACUUCUAAGUGCUAAGCUCGCGUGAUAGUGUCCGUCUGAUCAUGCAUACUUCAAGUUUUGACAUUGAAAGUAUUUUACGCAAAGACAGUGGUACGAAAGUGGACGGAAGGGGCAACAAAGUAGAGUCUGAAGCCGAUAGCAUGCACCGCAGUAGUGUUAUAAGCAGAAGACCAUUGUUGCUACCGCGAGUCGAGCCGAUACAAUGGAAUGCCUUUGUGUAUAACAUGCCGUACGGCUGUGGUCACUGCGAUGAAAGCCAUGUUUGCUCCUCGACGUGGUAUGGUCAACAUGGCUUGAUUCCCCCAGGUUGUUCACAGCAUUACUACAAUGUCACAGGUCGCCAUCGAAGACCACGUACUGCCUUUUCCAGCCACCARCUGCUGGCSCUAGAGAGACAGUUCCAAUCACACAAGUACCUAACAAGACCACAGAGAUACGAACUAGCUACGACGCUGAUGCUAACAGAGACUCAAGUGAAAAUUUGGUUUCAAAAUCGCAGGAUGAAGUGGAAACGCUGYCACAAGAAYACAAAUUUGAAAAAAGAUCAAAAUACUUACAGACAACAGAAUGAAAAAAGUGAUGAUGAAUCAAACGAUGCUUAGAGGAGAUAAUGAAUUGAAUUUAUAUAAAAACUUAAUAUAUGACAUCACUAGCUCUUACAAAAUGAAGGUAUAAAGAGAUUUAUAUCAAAAUCUUACAGUAAAGCACAGCCUGCACACGAAUAUUGCACCUUAAAAAAGAUUCGGUAGAAAUAGCGAGUUUUCAGUCUUUAAAUUCGGCAGAAAGAUUACCGCAAAACUAUAUCAGUAACGCUCUGUACAGUUAUUAAGUUUAUUAUUAUCAAUACAUSAUAACGAAAAAGAAAAAAAUUAAAAAGAACGCUCUGAGAUGUGCAGUCUUCAUUURAAAAAACGACGUCCUUCGUGUCGUCAUUGACAUCCAGAAUCAUAGAAAAACAAACAAAGAAACAAAAAAGAACUCCCAGCAGAUCAUGAUACUUCCAUCGAAUAACCGAAUCUAAGUGCGACAAGGCACGGCUGYGACUGAAUAUCAAGUAGACAGAUAAGGUUUUAAAAAAAUUAAAAAGUUUAAUAAAGGCACGU